ACGGAAGCCGAUAGUCUUUGCUCAGAGGCACCCCGUCCUUCCGGCUCUCGGCUUUGCCACAAAGCUUCCCGGAGACGUGGCCGCCACUCAGAAGCGCUCUCGGGGGAAGCCCCGCUCGUGGGACCGCGCCGCCUGCGCCGCCUCUGCGGCCCGCAGCCCGGCGGGCGCCGCCAUGUUGGGGUCCUAGCCGGGGACGCGUAGGUGUCUUCAUAAGAUGCCGGGGCUGCGGCGCGCGCUUUCCCCCAAGAUGGCGUCCAUGCGGGAGAGCGAUACGGGCCUGUGGCUGCACAACAAGCUGGGGGCCACGGACGAGCUAUGGGCGCCGCCCAGCAUCGCGUCCCUGCUCACGGCCGCGGUCAUCGACAACAUCCGUCUCUGCUUCCAUGGCCUCUCGUCGGCGGUGAAGCUCAAGUUGCUACUCGGGACGCUGCACCUCCCGCGCCGCACGGUGGACGAGAUGAAGGGCGCCCUGAUGGAGAUCAUCCAGCUCGCCAGCCUUGACUCGGACCCCUGGGUGCUCAUGGUCGCUGACAUCUUGAAGUCCUUUCCGGACACAGGCUCGCUUAACCUGGAGCUCGAGGAGCAGAAUCCCAACGUUCAGGACAUUUUGGGAGAACUUAGAGAAAAGGUGGGUGAGUGUGAAGCGUCUGCCAUGCUGCCACUGGAAUGCCAGUACUUGAACAAAAACGCCCUGACGACCCUCGCGGGACCCCUCACUCCCCCGGUGAAGCAUUUUCAGUUAAAGCGGAAACCCAAGAGCGCCACGCUGCGGGCGGAGCUGCUGCAGAAGUCCACGGAGACCGCCCAGCAACUGAAGCGGAGCGCCGGGGUGCCCUUCCACGCCAAGGGCCGGGGGCUGCUGCGGAAGAUGGAUACCACCACCCCACUCAAAGGCAUCCCGAAGCAGGCGCCCUUCAGAAGCCCCACGGCACCCAGCGUCUUCAGCCCCACGGGGAACCGAACCCCCAUCCCGCCUUCCAGGACACUGCUGCGGAAAGAACGGGGUGUGAAGCUGCUGGACAUCUCUGAGCUGGAUAUGGUUGGCGCUGGCCGAGAGGCGAAGAGGAGAAGGAAGACUCUCGAUGCGGAGGUGGUGGAGAAGCCGGCCAAGGAGGAAACGGUGGUGGAGAACGCCACCCCGGACUACGCAGCCGGCCUGGUGUCCACGCAGAAACUUGGGUCCCUGAACAAUGAGCCUGCGCUGCCCUCCACGAGCUACCUUCCCUCCACGCCCAGCGUGGUUCCCGCCUCCUCCUACAUCCCCAGCUCCGAGACGACCCCAGCCCCAUCUUCCCGGGAAGCCAGCCGCCCACCAGAGGAGCCCAGCGCCCCGAGCCCCACGUUGCCAGCGCAGUUCAAGCAGCGGGCGCCCAUGUACAACAGCGGCCUGAGCCCUGCCACACCCACGCCUGCGGCGCCCACCUCGCCUCUGACACCCACCACACCUCCGACUGUCGCCCCUACCACUCAGACACCCCCGGUUGCCAUGGUGGCCCCGCAGACCCAGGCCCCUGCCCAGCAGCAGCCUAAGAAGAACCUGUCCCUCACGAGAGAGCAGAUGUUCGCUGCCCAGGAGAUGUUCAAGACGGCCAACAAAGUCACGCGGCCCGAGAAGGCCCUCAUCCUGGGCUUCAUGGCCGGCUCCCGAGAGAACCCGUGCCAGGAGCAGGGGGACGUGAUCCAGAUCAAGCUGAGCGAGCACACGGAGGACCUGCCCAAGGCAGACGGCCAGGGCAGCACAACCAUGCUGGUGGACACAGUGUUUGAGAUGAACUAUGCCACGGGCCAGUGGACGCGCUUCAAGAAGUACAAGCCCAUGACCAACGUGUCCUAGGGCCACCUGCCUCAGAGCUGCCCUCACUUGGGGGCUCCACGGGACGAUGGCUUUGCCGGCUUAAAGUAACCGGAUGGCGGACACCUGGCCCACGAGGUCCCCCAGCCGCCGCCCUGCUGCUGACCCAGCCUGUUUUAAGUUCUGGAUGCAUUUCUCUGGGGUUUUUGGGGCUUAUUUUUAAAAUUUUAAUAUGGGUUCUUUUUUGUGUGAUUUAAGACACUUUUUGGACUCAGCAUUACAUUUUUGAAUGUAGUAAGUUAACCAAAAAAGUUACAACUUCCUAAUUUUAGUGACAGCUCUGCCUGUUAGACUCUUACUUUUUAAAAUCUUUUCUAUUUUCCCUCGCUGGAGCAGUGCCCUCCUACCCCCAGGAUUGAGGGGACCAAGGUGGCACGGUGGCACUGGGGGUGGGGCAGGGACACCCGACCACACCAGAGCGUGGGAGACAGUGGGCCUUGUCCCCUGCCUGUGCCUGCCUGGGAGUUUUGUAUUCAUCUUUUGUAUAGUUGUGGACAUUUAAGACAGUCUUUGGGUACCUAUUUUCAUUGUAAAACUAUCUGAACCAUUAAAGUCGAGCUUUUCUAAAGAAA